UCUCUCUCUCUCUCUCUCUCUCUCUCUCUCUCUCUCUUCAAUCACCACCCACAUUUCUGUGUCUUCUCUGCUGCCUUUGCCUUUGGCUUUGGCUUUUCAAGGGAAAAAUGACAGAAUCAAAACAAGAUACACCCUUGUUAGCGCCAUCGUCGUCGCGGAUCCUUCCAGAUUUCAAGAAAUCAGUGAAAUUGAAGUAUGUGAAGCUUGGUUAUCAUUACCUAAUCACUCAUGGCAUGUACCUCUUUCUUUCACCACUUGUGGUGUUAAUUGCAGCUCAGUUAUCAACUUUCUCCCUCAAUGAUAUCUAUGAUAUCUGGGAAAAUCUGCAGUACAAUCUGGUAUCCGUUAUUAUUUGCUCGACUCUCCUUGUGUUUUUAUCGACCUUUUACUUUAUGACUCGUCCUAGGCCAGUCUACCUUGUCAAUUUCUCGUGUUACAAGCCGGAAGAGUCUCGCAAAUGCACUAAAAGGAUAUUUAUGGAUCACUCGAGGGCGAGUGGUUUCUUCACGGAGGAGAAUCUUGAUUUCCAGCGAAAGAUCCUUGAGAGAUCUGGUCUUGGAGAAAACACUUACCUACCAGAAGCUGUUCUAAGCAUUCCUCCCAAUCCUUCAAUGAAAGAAGCUAGGAAAGAAGCGGAGGCAGUUAUGUUUGGCGCUAUCGAUGAGCUGUUUUCGAAGACAACGGUAAAGCCUAAAGACAUUGGAAUUCUGAUUGUGAAUUGUAGUCUUUUUUGUCCAACUCCGUCACUCUCUGCAAUGAUCAUCAAUCACUAUAAGCUGAGAGGUAACAUAAUGAGUUACAAUCUUGGUGGGAUGGGAUGCAGUGCUGGGAUUAUUUCAAUUGAUCUUGCUAAAGAGCUUCUCCAGGUCCAUCCUAACUCGUAUGCGUUGGUUGUUAGCAUGGAGAACAUCACAUUGAAUUGGUAUCCUGGGAACGAUCGAUCCAAGCUUGUUUCGAAUUGUUUGUUUCGUAUGGGAGGGGCUGCAAUUCUACUUUCCAACAGGAGCUCUGAUAGGAGAAGAUCCAAAUACCGAUUGGUCCACACCGUUCGCACUAACAAGGGUGCUGAUGACAAGUGCUUCAGCUGCGUUACACAAGAAGAAGACGACAAUGGCAAAGUUGGUGUUACUUUAUCAAAAGAUCUUAUGGCCGUUGCAGGUGAUGCCUUGAAAACAAACAUUACCACGUUGGGGCCACUUGUCCUUCCAACGUCUGAACAGCUGCUGUUCUUCGCUACGUUAGUUGGAAAGAAACUCUUCAAGAUGAAGAUCAAGCCUUAUAUUCCAGAUUUCAAGCUAGCUUUCGAACAUUUCUGCAUUCAUGCCGGUGGAAGAGCUGUUUUAGAUGAGCUAGAGAAAAACUUGAAGCUGUCUCCAUGGCAUAUGGAGCCGUCAAGAAUGACACUUUAUCGUUUUGGAAACACCUCGAGCAGUUCGCUUUGGUACGAAUUGGCUUACACGGAAGCCAAGGGAAGGAUCAAGAAAGGAGAUAGAACAUGGCAAAUAGCAUUUGGUUCUGGAUUCAAGUGCAACAGCGCAGUAUGGAAGGCUCUAAGGACAAUCAAUCCUGCAAAAGAGAAGAACCCUUGGAUCGAUGAGAUCCACCAGUUUCCGGUUGAUGUUCCAAGAAUUUCUGCCAUCUAAAUGAUGUGGUUUAAAAUUAUUAUUUUUUGUAUGUAUCAACAUUAGGUGGUAGCUGUUGAACUGAUGGAACUGGAUGAGUUUUAGGUCUUUGCUUUAAAAGUUAGAUUUGGUUAAUUCGAUAUAGUCAAGUUCUGGUCAUGAGGUUUGGUGUGCUGAGUUUCGCAGAAAUUUAUUUCCCUGUGGUAGUGAUGUAUGUUAUUGUAUCUGAAAUGUAAUCCAUGAUUUGCUUGGUAACCAUUGCAGCUAUGCAUUACACAUUCUUUCUAUUGAAAUGGAAGUUCCAUUAACAAAGAAGUGAUUUCCCA